GCCGGUGGCCCGGGGCCCCGCCCCUUCCGCCUUCUGGCCCUCCUGGACGCGGCUGGCGCACGCCAUGGCUCCGCUUCGCUUCUCGGCCAACCUGUCCUGGCUGUUUCCCGAACUCCCCGGCCUCCCAGAGCGGUUGCGGGCCGCGGGCCGCGCGGGCUUCGAAGCCGCCGAGGUGGCCUGGCCAUACGCGGAGCCGCCCGAGGCGUUGGUGCAGGCCGCGCGGGCCGCAGGGCUGCGGCUGGUGCUGAUCAACACGCCGCCGGGAGACCAGGAGAAGGGGGAGAUGGGGCUGGGGGCCGUUCCUGGGAGACAGGCGGCCUUCCGAGAGGGGCUGGAGAAGGCGGUGCUGUACGCCAAGACUCUGGGCUGCCCCAGGAUCCACCUGAUGGCUGGCCGAGUACCCCAGGGAGCUGAUGGAGCAGCAGUUAGGGGUGAGAUGGAGACAGUUUUUCUGGAGAACCUGAGGCACGCUGCUGGGGUUUUGGCUCAGGAGAACCUCGUGGGACUGCUGGAGCCCAUUAACACGCGAGUCACUGACCCCUGUUACUUCUUGGACACGCCCCAGCAGGCGGCAGCCAUCCUGCAGAAGGUUGGAAGACCCAACCUCCAAUUACAGAUGGACAUAUUCCACUGGCAGAUCAUGGAUGGAAACCUGACGGGAAACAUCCAGGAGUUCUUGCCCAUUGUUGGGCAUGUGCAGGUAGCACAGGUCCCAGGCCGAGGGGAGCCAGGGAGCCCCGGAGAGCUGUACUUCCCCUACCUCUUCCAGCUGCUGGAAGACCAAGGCUACCAAGGCUUUGUGGGCUGCGAGUAUCGGCCUCAAGGAGACACAGUGGAGGGUCUGAGCUGGCUCCGUUCAUACUGGGACAAGCGAGGCCACCCAUCGGCUGGCCAGUGAGGUCCUGUACACCACCCACAUGCCUCUCUGGGACAGAGACAGCAUCUCCAUCUCCUCUGAAUUAAAGAUGACUUGCUGAACACUUU